AAAUGGUGUUUAAUGUCCGUUGUGGAAGGUUACGUAGAACACCGCAAGUACAAUCUCAUGAGCAUGACCGCCGAUCUGUUAAAAGAAGACGAAGCGGACUCGAGUAAUAAAGGCCCAUCGGAAGACCCCCUUUCUGCACCUGAAGGCCCUACGGCCCCUACCCAUGCAGAUCACAGUUCCCCAUCACUGGCGGACUCAGAAGACAAACGCACGCAGGCUGAGGAUACCGGCGAGUGUAAUAUCAAUACCAACCAAUAA